AUAUGUGGAAUUAGCAUGGUGGUGGCAUAUAGGGAGGGUCCAGAACGUGCGUUCUUCAGGCUCCUCCAGGUGAUACUGGAGGUAGGAUACGCGGCGGCUGGUUUUUCUAGGGGAAAGGCUAUUUCGUUCCAUAUCCAUCCUUUGCAUAUGAUCCCCUCUGGUCCUUAG